AUGGUUCCGAUGAGCUUUUCCUUGUUGAAUCCCGUCCAGCUGACGGAAGUUCUUCAGCGGCUACAACCUUUUUCAUUGGUGGUGCUGUCAAUGACGUUACUGUGUUUGGACAUUCAUGCGUUCAUCGAAGGCAAACAUUAUUUUGUAAAGUUUUUCGUUUUUAGUUUUUUGUUCUUUUACGGAAUAUGUGCUGGCGCAGUGUACUCGAAGCGGAGAAGUCACGUGACUUUUGACGUGUUCGGAACGGACAGAGCGGUGACUUUGUACGUGAUGUUUCUCAUAUUUGAAAUCUGUUUGUUGUUUACGUAUAUUCCGCGGCUCCUGAUGGCUAUAUUUAAAGCGAUUGUAGCGGUCCGGGAUUUCAUAAAAAACUACGGUUUGUAUUCUUUUUGCCAAGUUCACUGGCAACGACUACGUAUACCGUUCCUAUUCGGCGUAUUCUGUUGUACCCGGACGGCUACCCUGCUCGGUGCCACUGUCUUCGAUGGGAAACGAUUGGUGGUGAGUGAAACUUUGAGCGGACUGACCGAAGAUGAUUACUACUGGGUGGCAUCUGUUUCUGGCCCUUAUUGGUGCUUGUUCAGAUAUUUGCUGGUUCGUAACUGUGAAACACUGACGGCUUUGAUCGGCGUUUCCAGCAUUUGGUCUCGUUUUGCCGGCAUCGUCUCGGCCAUCUUCAAGAAACUUGUAAAUGAUAACGACGUCGACAACGAUAAUUGGGCACCGUCGACCGGUAUCUUGUUCCUGUUCCUGUGCAUCCAAACCGGAGUGACCAGCUUGAGUCCUGAGUUACGGAUCGCGAAAAUAUAUCGCAAUUUUUGGCUGCUGUUCAUGACCUUAACGCAUAUUUUCCACGGCGUCCUUGACAAGAUGCUGAUGCGUGCCACUGCAACGGGGUUCUACAGGUUUCGACGCCACGCCGUAUGUUACUUUGCCUACUUGCUCAUACUGUUUGUACCAGUGAUUUUCUUGACAAAGGUUUGGCCUUACGACCUGUACAACCCGUGGUUGAUCUCGGUUGCCAUAUUUGCAGUGGAGUUGCUUGAAAAGCUACUGAUUACGCUGGCCGUUUAUCUGGUAUCACUUGCUGACGGGCUGCAAUUCAGCUUUCUGUCGGCGGUCGACGACGUGAUAUUUUGUAUUCGUUGCAUUGGUUCUGUUGUCGAGUUCGUGUCUGGUAUUCUGCUGUUUGUCAACGGAGUUUGGAUCUUUCUGUUCGAGUAUGGAGGUUGGCUGAGGGCGUUGAUGCUGGGAGUCCAUGCGUACUCAAAUCUGUGGCUUGUAGCGAACAACGGCUGGAAAAGUCUGAAACGUAGAAGAACGGCGCGGAGCCAGUUUUCCGUGAUCGCCGAUGCUUCGUCUGAACAAAUUGUAGCUUUCGACGGCAUCUGUGCAUCGAUCAGCAUGAAGAAGCUGUCGAUCCAGUACCAGCAGUCGCAGUACCUGCGUUUUCAUUGGCUUUUUCCCCAGGUUUGUCUUUUCUUCCGUCUGAACUCCAUUUACGCCGCCUCAGUUAAGAGUGGUUGGAUGGACGCGGGAGAAGAAGAAAAAGACGGGCCCCAGUAUCCUGCGCGCCCUUGGGACUGGCCUGAGACGGCGGGCCGGCAUCCGAAGGACGAGGGUCUGCUAAGAAUCUCAGGAUGCACCAGGCCGCCAAAAAGAAAUAAACCUGACCUCUCGAAAUGCACUGACAACUGUAGGUCACUAUCGAGUAAUGAACACAUCAGCCAUUUCGUCCUGGAGAUUAACAGAAAUUCUUGCGAUGUCCUCGGCGUCUGCGAGACACGAAGAAAGUCAGAACUCAACGCGACCUGGGUGGACGGCAACACAUUUCUUCUCAACAAAAGAGAAGAACAGAGAAACAUAGCUGGAAUCGGGUUUUUGGUGAACAAGAAAUGGUCUUUACGAAUCCUUUCCUGCCGCUUUAGGUCACCGCGAGUCGAUGUACCCCUUCAACGGCUGAAUUCCAACAAGACCCUCAACAUCAUUCAAGUCUAUGCCCCAACUACGGCCAGCGACGAUGAUUAG